GGCAUAGACGCUCAAACACACAUUCUGCUACAUAAACACACACACACACACACACACACACACCCUCCCUCAACUCCAUCAAUCCAGCGGCAGUGAGCAGAAGUGUGUCAGACUUCUGGAUGCAUGUGCACAUUUACAUGUAGAAUCUAGAAACUUCUAAUAACCCAAAACUUUAAGUAUGCCUUUUCCGCACAAGUUCUCCACAAGACGGAUUAUGGAUUAAGAAGCAUCCUGUGGAAUCCUAUUUAAUUUUUUCUGAUGGUCACUUUUUCUUAUAGUAGAUUUUAAUUAUUUAAUUUUUGCUUGAGUCAAUCAGCUCUUCACAACAUGUGCAGACUUUGGAGGAUAGCAGUUUUGCUCUGCGUCAAAUUGGCGGACACUGCAAGUGGAAAUACAGGACUCACGCCGGAAAAAGGGACAGCGGCGUCCUCUUGCUACGGGGGCUUUGACCUUUACUUUGUACUCGACAAAUCAGGAAGUGUGCAGCAUCACUGGAACGAAAUAUAUAACUUUGUGGAACAUCUGGCCCAAAAAUUCAUAAGCCCGCAGUUGCGAAUGUCCUUCAUUGUAUUCUCCGAUCAGGGCAAGAUUCUGAUGCAGCUCACAGAAGACAGAGAGCAAAUUCGUAAGGGUCUGAAGGAGCUCCAGGACGUGCGGCCAGGUGGAGACACUUUUAUGCAUGAAGGCAUUCAGAGGGCAAGUGAACAGAUUUACUAUGGGAACACAGAAGGAUACCGGACAGCCAGCGUCAUCAUCGCCCUCACUGAUGGAGAACUGCACGAAAAUCACUUUUAUUAUGCUGAAAGAGAGGCCAAUCGCUCUCGCAGCCUCGGCGCCUCUGUGUACUGUGUAGGAGUCAAGGACUUCAAUGAGACUCAGCUGGCCAAGAUUGCUGACAGCAAGGAUCAUGUCUUUCCAGUAAAUGACGGCUUUGAAGCUUUACAAGGUGUCAUUGAUUCGAUCUUGAAGAAAUCAUGCAUAGAGAUCCUCGCAGCAGAACCAUCCAGUAUCUGUGCUGGAGAGGCAUUCCAGGUCGUUGUGAGAGGAAAUGGAUUUCUUCAUGCUAGAAAUGUGGACAAGGUCCUUUGCAGUUUCAGAAUUAAUGAAACCCAUACCAGAAUGGUGAAGCCGCUGGUAGUGGAGGACACAUACCUGCUAUGUCCAGCUCCUGUUCUUCGAGAGGAGGGAACGGCAGCUUCCCUUUAUGUUAGCAUGAACGAAGGCCUGAGUUUUAUCUCAAGUUCUGUUACAAUCACCACGGUAAAAUGUUCUGAUGGUACAAUUCUUGCCAUAGCACUGCUGAUAGUGAUGCUGCUGCUGAUUCUGGCUCUGCUGUGGUGGUUCUGGCCGCUGUGCUGCACCGUGAUCAUCCAUGAGCCUCCACCACCCCCAGUGGAAGACAGUUCGGAUGACGAAGAGGAUGGAAGUCCUAAGAAGAAGUGGCCCACGGUGGACGCGUCCUACUAUGGAGGAAGAGGAGUUGGUGGCAUUAAAAGGAUGGAGGUUCGUUGGGGUGAGAGGGGUUCAACCGAGGAGGGCGCUAAACUGGAAAAGGCGAAGAACGCGAGGGUGAAAAUGCCAGAGCAAGAGUUUGAAGUUCCUCCUGCUCGCAUCUUAAAUAAUGGCAUGAGGAAACCGCCAGGCCCUCGAAAAUGGUACUCGCCCAUAAAGGGAAAACUAGAUGCAUUGUGGGUACUUCUGAAGAAAGGAUACGAUCGGGUGUCCAUCAUGCGACCACAACCAGGAGACAAGGGCCGCUGUAUGAACUUCACCCGCAUCAAGUCCAAUCCUCCACCGCGGUAUCCAUCCUACAACCAUCAUUCCUCCCCCAUCUACACGCCCCCGCGGACCCUCAACCCACCGCCUCCACAGGGCCACCUGCCCCCUCCACCACACAGUCCACCAGCCUCCCUGUCCGGCAGCAUUCCUUCAAUGCCUUCAUCUCCUCCACCCCACGCCAUCAACCCGCCUCCACCCAUUACUCCUCCUCCAUCAUAUUCUCCGCCUCCCGUCUGGUCUCCGCCUCCUACCACCCUCUACUUUGCUCUGCCCUCCCUUCCACCUUCACCCACUUCCUCCCUGCCUCCCCCCCCUCAAGCCCCACCCCCAAGCAGAGCUCCGCCUCCAGACCGCCCACCUCCACGGCCUAGUGUGUAACUUGUAAGUGAACUACUUAAAGUCCACAGGAACUGGAAGCUGCGGACAUUUUUUUUUUGUAUUGUGAUGCACUUCCUAGAGAAACAAUAUAUUAAACAGUGGGCGUGGCUUGUUUUUCUUUACUACGAGCUGAUUGGAUGUAGUAAAGUGGGCAUUUCAUUCAGAAGGGUGGGGAAAUGGGUUGGGAGAGAGCCAAUCAGACACCUCCUUCUCACCGUUUCUGUUAGUUGUCAAAACUGACAGUUGGAAAGGGUGUGGUUACGUAUGUUAGCCACGCCCAUUACCUCAGACAGAUGUAAUCUGAGGAAGUGCAUUUUCAGAUUUCAAUUAAAGGAUUUUUCUCUUAAUGACAUGCACAGACCAAUUGUUCGCCACGAAGCUAGCAAUGCAAGCUAACAAAAUCAAUAUGGUUAGUUUUGAUUUCAUGUGUACUUUAAGAGUGAACAGGAGAUGUCAAUUUUCCAUACCCUCCAUUGCUGGUCUAUAAAACUUGAUACAAACGCUCACCUGUGGAAUUUGUUCCUGAGGAACUAUGAAAUGGAUUACAAGCCACCAGGAAACUCUACAGGAGCAAUCACACACCAGGGCGAUGUGAAGAAAUGGAGAACGCAUGUACCAAAGAUCCUGUUUUUUCCCAACAGGCGCCAUUCGUAAGUUUACCCAAGCUUUGAGAACAAGCAAGUGGGCUGGUUCCAUUUCUGGAUGUUUGCAAUUACAUGUAUCUCAUAGAGGAGAUGUCUACAAAAGAGGAGAGGUAAAGCAGAGUCGUCGAAUAUGCACAUUUUCUGACUGGUGUCACCAUGUGAAGGUCUUCUUCUUUAAAUGGCAAAACUAAAUAUUUUCUCUUAUUGGAUAUAAUUCGUAUUUAGACACAACAAGAACACGCUCUACCGAGGUGCACGUUAAAGGGAAAGUUCAGCCAAAAAAGAAAGUUCUGUUAUUAAUUACUCACUCACAUGUCGUUCCAUUCCCCU